UGCAGUGUCUCUCCUUGCUCUCGUUAUUUUCUUUGGUUUACACAAUUUUUCCCACAAUUCUUCCGUGUUCUUUCUAUUAACUUUCGGCUAAACAAUUCAUGGUUGCUACCGUGUUAAGCUUCUUUCUAAGACAAAUAUCCAACAGAACCAACCGGUGCCAUUUAUAGGCAAAAGUAAACCUUAUGCCUCAGUUCAUCUGCUUGAUGGGGUUAGCAGGCUUGCGCUUGGAGGUGCCUUGGGCACUUAUUUUUGCUGUUUCACUGCUCUUGUGCUGUAAUUCACAAGGUCCUUACUUAAUUGGUCCGGAAAAGUUAGUAGUCAAUGGAAAUGACACGGACAGACAGGCUUUGCUCGAGUUCAAGGCCAAGAUAGCCGGUGAUCAGCUUGGCGUUAUGCGGUUGUGGAACGACAGUGUUCAUUUUUGCCAGUGGCAUGGUGUUACAUGCAGCAGCCGACAUCAAAGAGUGACCAAGUUGGAACUGCGAUCACUGAAACUAACGGGAAUCAUAACACCAUAUAUCGGAAAUUUGAGCUUUCUAAAGGUGUUGAAUCUUUCAAACAAUGGCUUCAGCCAUGGAGUUCCUCAAGAAAUCGGUCGCCUGCAUAGGUUAGAAGAGUUAAUACUUGAUAAAAACCCCUUAGGCGGUCAAGUCCCUUCCAAUAUAUCUGGAUGUUCUAAGCUCAAACGCCUUUACAUAGGACACUGCCAGCUUGUUGGAGAAAUACCUGGUGUUCUUGGCCUGUUGUACAACCUAAAAUAUUUAGGUUUGAGCAACAACAGUCUAGCAGGGAGUAUCCCACCUUCCUUAGGCAAUUUAUCGUCUCUGGAGAUAGUUUAUCUAUCAAUUAAUGAUUUGAGUGGGACUAUCCCUGAAUCUCUUGGCCAGUUGAGAAAUCUAACUGUUCUUUCCGUGCCAAUGAAUGCACUUUCAGGUAUUGUUCCUUCAUCAAUUUUCAAUCUCUCUAACAUUAGAACACUUGAUAUCGGUUCAAAUCAGUUUCAAGGUAGUCUUCCUACAGACUUGGGAAUCACCAUACCAUAUGUUGAAACCCUUUAUGUCAGUAGAAACCAAUUCAGUGGACCAUUCCCUCUUUCGAUAUCCAAUGCUUCAAAUCUCAUAAACCUAGAGUUUUCCUUCAACAAACUUGUUGGGAAGUUGCCUUCCUUUGAAAAGCUAGAUAAGUUGGAAUGGUUUACCCUUACCGACAACCUCCUUGGAAGUGGGGAAGUAAAUGACUUGGACUUUGUCUGCUCUUUAAUGAAUGCCACCAGCCUAGUGGCGUUGGAGAUAAACUACAACAACUUCGGAGGUGUAAUACGUACUUGCAUAAGCAAUCUGUCCACUAACCUCAUAUUUUUCCUUUUAGACGGCAAUGAAAUAUCAGGAACCUUUCCAGUUGGGAUUGGAAAUCUCAUCAACUUAGAGAUGCUAUUGGCAGGAAGUAAUCAGUUGUCAGGUUCCAUUCCUUCUACUAUUCAGAGGCUUCAGAAGGUACAGUGGCUCGAUCUAUCUAAUAAUUCUUUCUCUGGAAGUAUUCCCUCUUCUCUUGGAAAUUUAACCAUGUUGCUUCAGCUGAAAUUAAGUCAAAAUAAUCUUAAGGGUACAAUUCCUUCCAGUCUCAGUAAAUGUGAAAAUCUUGUUUUACUGGAUCUUUCAAACAAUAACCUUACUGGCUCUAUACCCCCUGAAGUACUUGGACUCUCAUCCUUGUCCUUGAACCUUGACUUAUCCUCAAACUACUUAACUGGUGUACUUCCUAAUGAAGUAGGAAACUUGAAAAAUCUAGGUCAAUUGUCUGUUUCUCAAAACAGGUUAUCAGGUGUGCUUCCAAGCAGUCUAGGUGUAUGUGUAAGGCUAGAGAAGCUAAUGGUGAGUGAAAAUUUCUUCCAUGGAACCAUUCCUUCGUCCUUCAGUUCAUUGAGAGGUCUUACAGUUUUAGACAUUUCCCACAACAAUCUCUCUGGUGAAAUUCCUGAAUUCUUUGCGAACUUUACAUUGCAAUAUUUGAAUCUUUCUUACAAUGAUUUCGAAGGCAUGGUACCGACUGGUGGAGUUUUUAAUAAUGCAAGUGCUACAUCCAUCGAGGGAAACAAUAAACUUUGUGGUGGUACGCCCGAGUUCCAUUUGCAUGGAUGUAACUUGAAAAGGUCUAGGAGGAAAUCGAGCAGUCGACUAAAACUAAUAAUUGCUAUUGUUUUUGGGCUUUUAGGGGUAACUUUGGUACUCCUCUUUCUCCUCGUUUUUUGGUUUAGAAAGAGAAGAAAACAACCUGCAUCAACUUCUCCUGAAAAUUCACUUUUAAGGUUAUCCUACCAGAGCAUCCUAAAGGCUACUGAUGGAUUCUCUUCAGCCAAUUUGAUAGGUGUAGGAGCCUACGGUUCUGUGUAUAAAGGAAUUCUCCAAGAGAAUGAAAUAGUUGUUGCCAUCAAAGUGCUAAACCUUUUGAAUCAUAAAGCUUCUAGGAGUUUCAUGGCUGAAUGUGAGGCCUUGAGGAAAAUUAGACAUCGAAACCUUGUCAAAGUAUUAACAGCAUGUUCAGGUGUUGACUACCAUGGCAAUGAUUUUAAGGCGCUGGUCUAUGAGUUCAUGUCUAAUGGAAGCCUAGAGGAUUGGUUGCAUUCAUCUAUCGAAAUUGAGGCAGACUCAAAGAAAAGCUUAAAUUUAUACCAGAGAUUGAAUGUGGCUAUUGAUGUCGCUUGUGCUCUGGAUUAUCUUCACCAUCAUUGUGAUCAAACAUCGAUUGUUCAUUGUGACCUCAAACCAAGCAAUAUUCUACUUGAUGAUAAAAUGACUGGCCAUGUUGGUGACUUCGGCUUAGUAAAAUUCAUUUCAGAAGAUACGCAAAAUUACUCUGCAAGCCAGUCAAGCACCCUUGGAUUAAGAGGAACUAUUGGUUAUGCUCCACCAGAAUAUGGCUUGGGAAGUGAAGUGUCAACAUAUGGUGAUGUUUACAGCUAUGGAAUCCUUUUGCUGGAGAUUUUUACUGGAAAGAGGCCCACUGAUGAAAUGUUUAAAGAUGGUUUGAACCUUCACAACCUUGUCAGGACAGCUUUGCCAGAGCGAGCAGUUGAGAUGACUGAUCCCAUUCUUCUUCAGGAAAGAGUCACAGGAGAAACAGUAGCAAACACUAGUGAUUGCAAUGAGAGCAGCCAGAGCAAUAAGAUACUUCUUCAGUGUUUGAAUUCAAUAUAUGAAGUUGAACUCACUUGUUCUGCUGAAUUGCCAACCGUGCGAAUGAACAUGAGCGAAGUUGUUGCUGAACUUUGCUUGAUCAGAAACAAGCUAUUUCCAACUAAGCAAAGACCAGAGAGACAUAUACAAUCGAAUCACAAGGUGUUCUAAACAUCGAUGGCUUCAAGCCAUCCAGAUCAUAAGCUGCUGUUCUACUUGUAAAAUCCCCAACUUCUCCUGCACGAACUCCUCCCUAGAAAGAAUUAUCAGUUUCAAUUAGUAUGUGAUCUGUUUCUCUUCAUCUUGUGUAUCAUCAACUGAUUGAUAUAGUUCAAUGUUUAUUAUUGUUUGUAUAACUUAUUACUAUUUUUUCUUUAUGCUCAGUCAAUGUGAAACUUCAA